CGAGCGGAUGUUGAGGCAUUGGUGAGGUCCACGUGGUCGUGGAUCACGGUGGUGGCAACAGUCGGCCUCCGACCGUUGUCGUACAAGUGUGCAUAAACGCGAGCCGAUCUACACCGUUCUCGCGUGGAAAAUGAGGGUCGACCAGAUCGGGCUUCUCUUAUGGAAGAAUUACGUCGUCCGGAAACGUCAACCGGGCAUACUGGCUCUGGUAUUCGUAUGGCCGGUGGCAGUGUUCAUGAUCCUCUACACGAUUCGCGACAAUGUGGAUCCGAAAUACUAUCCAACUUGCCAAUUUCCUGCGAGGUCGAUGCCGCAGAACGGGCUGCUCCCGUUCGUUCAGAGCUUCGUUUGCAGCAUUGGAAACCCCUGCGAUCCCUUAUCGGAAUACGAAGAAGUUCCUUCUUACAAAAACGCCACUCUAGGUCCACUGGUGGCUGAGCUGCAGCCCAUGCUUGGCAACAAAACGAUUCUUUCCGCGAUCGAUACGUUGCCGAACAGCAUCCAACUCCUCAAAUCAAUGGCGCAGAUACUCACCAGGCCGGAAAUCAAAGCGCUGUUCGAUCGGGGCGUUCGGUUGGGCGAUCUGUUCCACAACCAGCAGGAAAUCAAGAAUCUUCUCAGGCUUCAGAUGCCGUACGCCCGGGAGGGAUUGAUCGACCAAUUGUUCGACUCGUCCAUAAAAUUGCUAUACCUGAUCGAGGCGUUCGGUUCGUCCAAUAUCGACGGGGUGAUCUGCUCCUCGGAAAGUUUAAAGAAGUAUCUGAUUCUGCCGAGGGACGAGGACUACGGGCAGAUUUCCAAGAUACUUUGCGGGAUCGACUCGAGCAUGAUACCCAACAUACUCGAGAAUUUAGCCAAGCACCUUGAUUUCUUCGGCUUGUUGGAGAUGGUUGACCGGGUAAUGGCGAAAUUUCGCGAUUACGAUUUUUUCGAGGACUUGAAGAGAGCGGUCGAAACGAUCCUCGAUCUUCAUACCGUGGACAAGUAUAUCCCAUCGUACUUGAAGAUACGGCAAUGGAUGCCAAAGAUGAUAACGGUGUUCAAGAACGUCACGUUCAAACAGAUCGAUCUGACUUUCGUGAAUAAAUCGCUUCGAAUUUUGGACCCGUUAUUCUCGAAGGAACGCGAUUGGUCCACCGUGCGCCCGAUGUUCUUGAGAUUGCAAAAGUUACUGGAGCUGGCGAAGGGCAUGGCCGAGGAUCGAACCGUCGAGUCCACCGAGACUUUUUUCACGAUAGCGCAACGUUUGUCCAACACGAUUCGAUCCGCGUUGGACGUGGCCAACACCGAGAAUCUCACUCAAAUUUUGGAUUUGAGCGUAGCCGUUUUGCACGAUGGCGCCAGACUGACGCAAAAGAUUUUGGACCGUCACAUCGACGACAUCCAACUUCCGACCGAGAUAUUGGACGGGGUCAGGGAUUUUUUAUCGGACAACGUCUUGGCCACGUUGAGCUACAUCUUGUCCUCCAUGAACUCGAUCGUGAGAAUGUUGUAUCAAGCAGCCAUCGUUCACGAGGACGUUCAACGAAGAAUUUACGAUAUCUCCACGAAACGUCACAGGGACACGGUGCAAAAAUUGUUGACGAACGUCGAUCCAAAUUUUUAUCGAACGUUCGUCAAGUCGUUCUCCAGAUUAAAUUUCUUAGAGAAAUUCGUGAACGAAGUUAAGCGCACGAGUCCCGAGGAGUUCUUUUGUCAGGAGGAGACGCUGAACGAAAUUUUCGAUCUCUUCAAACACGGCAAAAACGAAUCUAGACACAUCGAGGAACUGCUGUGCAGCGAUACGGGGAAGAAGUUUAUCUCGGACGUAUACGGAAGUUUGGAGUUGAGAAACUUUGAGAGCAUAGUGGACGAUUCUUUGUACACGGUCGUCAAUAUGGCGUUCCACAAAGUGGUCACGGUCGAGAGAUCAAACUUGACUUCCCUCGUGGCCAACACGAAAAAAUUGGUCUCGUAUCUGAAAUCGCCGAAAAGAUCGAAUCCCGACUGGACCGUUUUCAAAUUUAGCCAAAGGUGGCGCGAGACUUUCGAGGAGACUCAGCCACAAGCGAGAUUGAACAUCCUAGGGAUCCACUUGAGCAUAGCGAAAAUGAUUGGAUCGCGCAGUCUAUCUUACGUGACCAUUGAAUCCGAUCUGGAGAAGAUGGACAUACUCGCCGAGAUAAUUCUUCAAGAUUUAAAGGAGAAUCCUACGAGUUGGAUCGAGGAGGUUAGACGGAGGAAGAUGCAAUUGAUCGAGUCGUUCUACUUAACCGUAACGGAUAAAGACAAGGCUUUGAAAAUUUUGGAAUACGACAAUUUCACGAGGAGCUACUGCACCGAUCCUCACCCACCGGAUUUAUUGAAUUUUCCGAAAGAUUCGAAUCGGACGGUGUUGAAGGGGCUCGUCUGUCGCAUCUCGGAAUCCGUGCAAACCGACUUGGAAUUAAACGUGACGAAGAUCAAGAGCAGGGAGGAGAUUCGUUACAGGGACAGAGAGUCGUUCAAUUGGACCGAUUUCAACGCGAGGAUUGUCGAGAUUUAUCGUUACAUCGACACGUUGGUCCACCAAGAGGACGCGGAUUACGAUUUGGCUCGGUUGGAAAAGUUGAAAGAAGAUUUUCAAACGUCCUGGACGAUUGAUAUCGGCGUCAAAGACGUAUUCGAGAUGAGCGUAGGUUUGAUCUGCAAAUUCUUCAACCUGAUGGAGAGCCCUCUUUUCCGCGCGAAAGGCGGAUGGAAGGAGAUGCACGCGAUCGCGUGGGCGUCCACGGUCAUCUUUGACAACGUGGAGAAGAUCGUCGAUCAAAUUCAGAGGAACGGGAAUCUGGUGAAACUCUCCCAAGUGCUGGAGGACAUGCCGCAGACGGAAAUUCUUUUAACGGCCAUCCUGCAAAAUUUGUCCCCUCUGGUUCUCGAUGUGGUCGACAUCAUAACCAUGAAACCCAUCCAUCUCAUAUCAAUUCUGGACGAUUACAAAUCGCGGGAGGAACAAUGGCCGUGCAUACAAAGGGAAAGCGUCGGUGCCGCGAUGGAACUGCGAUCCGGCACCCGUGAGAUAAUAAGAGAGAUCGAGAGGAUAUCGUGCAAUCCAACUUUUAUUCAAGAAUGGAGGGAACAACCGGUGUUGACGAGGGCGAAGAAAAUAUUUCAGAACGACGACACGAUACGUUCCCCGCCUUUCAAUUGGACUUCGGGUUACAUAAAAUUUCGUCAAUUGGCCAAGAAGCUGGACGAUCUGGUCAACGACGUGAAAAAGGUUGUUCUCGUGGAGCAGCCGACUUUCUGGGACGAUUUGGAGUUUCUCGUGCCCGGGGUUAAGAGCAUAUUCGACAAGAGGUGGCCAGACAUGAAAAACGAUUCCAGAGGCAUCCUGGACUACGUUGAUCUGGAAUUGGACAAGACGGUGGCGGCGUUUCAAAGCUCUCUUUCAGCCAGCGAGGUUUGGAAUUCGAACGUCUCGGUCGAAAAUCGCGUUCUCAUUUUAGCCAAAUAUACCGCGCACGUUGUUCACAAUACAGCGAGGACAGCGAGCGGAAUUUUGCACGACGUUUUGCAAUCUCCAACCGUGAGCUUGCUCCCCUUGAUAGGAUUCGACAGCAGCACAGCCAUUUCGAUCUAUUACAAGAAGCUGCCCUACAUUUUGGCCUCGAUCAUCUACGGAUUGACGGAUCCAGAAGUGUAUAAUCGUAUAACGAAAUCGGAGAUGGAGGACACGGCGAUCACUUGUUCCAAAUUGUUCGAGUGGUGGUCCGACUCCAUAAUCGGCCUCACCCCCAUGGAGUACAGAGUCUUGGAGAGAUUCACCUGCGAUCUUAAUCCGGAUAACUUCAACGUUUACACCGAUUUGUACAUGAACGAGGCGCUUGCGUGGAAAAAAUCUGCCAACAGAUACAAUUCUUACGUGACCACCGUGAUCGGUGACGCGUACGAUUUCGCGUCCGAUGUUUGGAAGAUGAUUCGAGAUAAGAAGGAGAUGGUAUUCGAGGCGCCGUUUUCCACGCAAUAUCUAUCGACCACGCUUCGGAAAUUGAAGGAGAUUCUGGAAUAUAUCGACGAUAACGUUCGCAAGGACGUAAAAAAGAGCAAUUACAAGCUGCUCGUGGAAGGGAUCGCCGAGGUUUUGGAGCACGUGACGAAUGCUAUAAAAAGUAUUAACUCGAGGAACGGCGAGAUCGACAUAUGGGACUUCGUGGAGAGCGGUGACGGGCGCCAAUUGUUGAGAAUCCUCGACAAUCAUCCCGAGGAAACGAUCACUUUGGUGGCCACCCUUAGCACCCUGAACGCGACUACAGGCGGUUUAAUGGGUUACGGGGAUGUGAGGAAAACAAUGUGCAAUUUUCGAUUUAACUCCAGCUACUGGUCCACCCCUAACAGGACUCGAUUCAUAAAGGAAAUAUGCUCGUUCGACCCUUACCAAUUGUUGAGGAGCACCACCAGCGCGGAAUAUUACUCUCUGGUGACGAACAGCGAAGUGACCACGAUGUUGAAAGUAACGAGGUUGUGCUCCUCGGUCGCCAAACUGUUGGACGCUGCGUUAAGCCUGGAGGCGAGGGAGGGUCCGAAUUUGUCGAUAAGAUCGAAAAUUUUCAACUCGACCACGUGGAGGAAUCUCUCGAACGAGACUUGGUCGGCCGUGAGCAAGGCGGGGCAAAGCUGGAUACGCAAGUACGCGAUAAGAGCUAAGGAUAACGCGUCGUCGAUGGAGGCGGACCCGAUCGCGAAACUGAUCAGAGCGUAUCAACUGGUGGACGUGGCGAUCGAGUUGAUGGGAGGGGGUGACGUUUGGCAAAAGCUCAGGGUCGCGUACGAGAACUCGAAGGUGAAGCCUGUCCUCACUCUGAUCGAAGACAUGCCGAAUCUGGUGGUGAGCGGUGUUGACACUUUCGUCAAGUCGGAGAGAUUGAACGAUUUCGUGGAGAAAUUGUCGGUUGGCAAGCUGCACCCGUGCGACAUCGACAAAUAUUUGAUCGUGCCCAGUUUCGUGAGGAAGAAGGUCGUGUUGUCGAGCGUCACCAACUUCUGCCAAAAGAUCGUUCUCACGGACGGGCGGCUGACUUUGAUCGAUAUAUUGCCUCUCGACGCCAAGUACGAGGAAAGUUUAACAGGGAGAAAGAGGAGGCCGGCGGAUCGCGACGAGACGUAUCUCGUGGAGAAAUUGGAGCACGCUCGUUCCACGAUAAUCCGAGUGGUCUCGGAAGGUUUCAAGGAUCCGAAGAUACCAACGUGGUGGACCUCGUUCAAGGAGGGGACGUUCAACGACUUUUUAUCCCAGUAUAAGAAGGAGGAUCCGAGGGCGCUCGCUCACUUGGUGGUGAAAAAAGUCUCCGCGAUCGCCAGAAACGUUCUGAAUUCCAGCGGGAAUACCGAAAAUUGUUCUUGGUGCGUCACGUUCCCCCUUGAAAUUUUAAACUCCCAACUGGUCAACCAUCAACUCUACGCGAAGCUGCUCUGCCAGUUGACACGACUGAACGUGACGGAGAUUCACGACAUUUUGACGCGUGACUUUUAUUGGAACAAAACCUCGAGCAUGGUGAAGAAUUACAAAUAUUUAAGCGUGGAACGAACGAGAGACGAGUUCGUAACAACGUUGGAGACCACGUUUCAUUACGUGGCCGAUAUAAUGGUGAAUUUCGGGAACGAGACCUACAGAGGGAGGAUGGAGGAAUGCUUUGACAAAUUGGUGGGGAGACCCGCCUAUUCCAGACCCGGCCUAUACGUGACCAUGAUUCUCGGCAUGUUGGACUCUCUGCGGAAGAAUCCGUUCGUCCUGGACACGGGGCGGAAUCACAAGAGCAUGGACGCGUUGUCGAGGGCGGCGGAGAAGUACGUGCCGAUCUGGAAGCCGUUGCGCGAGGUGGUGAAGGCGUCGGUGGCGGAGGACGUGGAGAAGUUUUUACCGGGCGCGACGAUCAACGCGAACUCGGUGCUGAACGACAGGAACGAUUCUCUGUGCCGUACGAAGGCCGAGUGUCGGAACGGGACGGUUUUGUACAACUACCUGAGCUCGAGGAAAGCGGGGAAAGCGUUCAAGUACGACGCGUCGAGCAACCGUUCCCUCAUGGAGAUCGCCGAUCGAUUGUCCAAGAGUCUGGAUCUGGAGCGGAUCGAUAGCGAGUCGAGGCAGUGGCGGAUGGACGCCUCGUGGAAUUUAACUUGGCUGAGGGAGAUCCUGGCCCACUUGUCGAUCGUUAUCGGGGAGGGCGGCAAUCUUCUCGACGUCGCCAGUAAAAUAGACUUCCAAGACGUCUCGGACGUCCUAGGAGUUCCCGAUAUCGUCGAUGGUGUGGUUAAUAUCCUGAAGGAUAAGACGGUGGACAAGCUUUUCGAUGGAAUGAAGGAAAUAGUGGAAGAUAUUAAACCGUUCGUCGAAGAUCGAAACGCGUUGGACGAUAUUUAUCGGAUAAUUGCCGCUCUAGAGUCGAUGGACAUCUUCAAGAAUUUGGGAUUACUCGAAAUGAAAUACGUUAUCAGAGACAUGUUCGACAACUGGGACGUGGUGAAAUCGUAUUUGGUGGAUAAGAUUGGAAUUUCCAACGACGUCGCGCUGUUGCUGAGCCAAGCCAAGAUAGACAUGAUUUCCGUUUUCAUGAAAGAAAGAAGAGUUCUCAGUUUCAAGGAGAUCAUUUGCUCGCCGAAAAAACUCGACGAUAUAUUAAAUUUCAUCGAUGAUCGAAUCACCGCCGAGGAGGUGAGCGCCGCACUCUGCCAACUCGAGGAUUCGCAGACCAAGAACGUGACCACCACGUUGAUCAAGAAUUUAAAUUUUCAAGACGUGUUCAAAACUCUGAUGAGCGCCAAUGUGAAAAGUAUAUUGGCCAACGCGAAUUUGACGGAAGCCGAGGGGAAAAUGGUGUUGGAUAAUCUCGGAGUAGCGGCGGAGUUGCUCCCAUUCUUCAAGGACAAACUUUCCUCGCAAACGCCUACGUCCGAAGCUUUGGAAACAGAUGCGCAGCAGACGGAUCAAACGGUCUCCACCUCCAAGUUCCUUCAAGAUUCGAGUAUGAUGCUGUGCGGCCAACCGAUGGUCUCCGAUAACGGCGAUUUGUACAAAAUUAUUUCACGGAUCGAGGACAACAGCAAGGACUUUGACAAAGUUGAACUCGAUUCCUUACCCACCGAUUUUUGCAGAAACGCUUACAAGGGUAUGGUGGCGAUGGGAGGUGGAAAGAUCAUAUGGUCUUACGUGAAACCUUUGCUGCGGGGCCGAAUCCUUUAUGCUCCCAAUACCACGGUAAUCAACGGCGUGAUGAAAUUAGCGAACAAAACUUUCGUGGAGAUGGAACAAUUUGGCGCGUUGAUGGGUAAUCUCGAGAAAACGUUGACCUCGUUGGCCAAUCUUUCCGACAUGAGCGACAAUCUGAGGGAGCUUCAAGACAUACUGUCCUCGGAUAUUAUAAAGAUCGCGAUCAAAUCGUACGGCGGGGGUAAUUUCGAAGGAGAUUUUGCCGAUACGAAUCUGAGCGAGAUUUCGUGGCGACUCAAAAGGUCCAAGCGUUUGAUAACUAUGGUCGGUAUGCUGAAUGAUUUAUUGGAGUGCGUGCUCGUGGAUCGAGUAAGAGGAUUUCGGUCGGAGGAGGAGAUGGAAGCGGAAGCACGGAUCCUGAUGGAGACACGGGAAUUUUUAGCCGGUGUUGUCUUUUUGGAUAAACCCUCGAAGAGGUCCACCGAGUCUUUGGACCGUGAACUGCCCGAGAACGUGGUGUACAAAAUUCGAAUGGACGUGGAUUACGUGCAGUCCACCAAAAGGUUAAAAAAUCAGUUCUGGACACCCGGGCCGGAGAGCAGUUUCAUAGAGAAUUUGAGAUAUUUGCGAGGAUUCGUGCAGCUUCAGGAUUCUAUCGAUCGAGCGAUCGUGAGAAUGAAAACUCGAAAGGAUCAAAAUUGGAAGACCGUGACGCAACAGAUGCCGUAUCCCUGCUGGAAAGACGUGCCUUUUCAAACUACCCUCUACGAGUCGCAAGGUAUUCAAGUGGGUUUUUUCUUCGCGCUGAUGAUGUGCGUCGGGGCAGCUGUGAGGCACAUAGUCUGGGAGAAGGAAUCUCAAAACGCGAUGGUGAUGAGCGUGAUGGGAUUGAAACCAUGGAGGAACACUGUGGCCUGGUCCAUCACCACGUUUAUAGAACUGUUGAUCGUGAUGUUCUCCAUAGCCACGAUCCUGCUUGCCGGAAAAAUCCUACCAAAAUCCGAUCCCUCCUUGUUCCUCGUCAUGAUAAUCGAUUACGCCUUCUCCAUCGUAACUUUUUGCUACAUGAUCUCGACGAUGUGCAGCUCGGCAAGCCUGGCUGCGAUCACCACCGUGGUUAUGUUCUUGCUGACGUUCAUGCCAUACGUCAUUGUCAUCGCUAUGGAGGCCGUUAUUGGUCUCGGUUAUAAGCUUCUCAUCUGUCUCAGCAUGUCGACCAGCUUUUGUUACGGUUGCCUGUACGCGGCCAGGAAGGAGGUUCAAGGCGUUGGGCUAACUUGGUCCGCGAUGUGGGAGGAAUCCAGCCCGGGCGAUUCCAUGUCCUUGGGUUUGAUCCUGUUGACCAUAGCCUUCGACGGUUUCCUUUACGCCGUUAUCGGUUACCUCGUCGCAAGAUACACGAAUUCAGACGAAGAGAGCAACGCCACCAGUUUGACGGUAAACGAGAAGCAGACGGGAGUGAGAUUCGACGGCGUGAGGAAGGUGUACAACAGCGAUCAGGGCGAGAUCGUGGCGGUGGAUGACUUUACUCUGAAACUCAGCGAGGGAGAAGUAACCAGCCUCCUUGGAAGAAACGGUGCCGGGAAAACUACCAUCAUCAAGAUGCUGACGGGGAUGCUGGCCCCGACCACCGGCGAGAUAUGUUUGAACGGCGAGGAGGGUUGCAAACCCGACAUAGGGGUGUGCCCUCAGGAUAACGUGCUGAUCGGUAGCCUAACACCCAGGGAACAUCUCAUCUUCUACGCGAAACUGAAACGAUCCAAAGAGGACGGAACGAAUAUGCAACGAAACGUGGACGAGAUGUUGACGUCUCUGGAGCUUGGCAGCCAGGAACACGAGCCGGUUUAUAGACUCUCCGGCGGCACAAAGAGACGGCUUUGCGUGGCUUUGGCGUUUCUAGGCUCCCCAAAGCUGGUGAUCUUGGACGAGCCGGGCGCCGGAGUGGAUCCCGCCGCGAGGCGCAGAAUUUGGCGCCUAAUCGAUCAACACAGGAUAGGGAGGACCGUCAUCCUGUCUACCCAUCACCUCGACGAGGCUGACACGCUCAGCGACACCGUGGUCGUGAUGCACAAAGGAAAGAUACUCUGCACCGGAUCACCCUUGUCUUUGAAGAUGAUGCACGGCCGUGGAUACAGACUCCUCGUCUCGUUCCCCGCCGAUCCCCGCGACGAGAAUACGGAUUCGAAAGAGGGGAAGAGGAAAGCGGAGACGCUGAGAAGCGUGGUCGAGGAGGUGGUGGCUAACGCGGUGACUAACGAGCUCUCCGCCACGGAGAUGGUAGUCACUCUGCCCUUCCAGGGGAAGAACGGUGUUAAUAACGAUAUCGCGCAAGCCGCCAAGGUGUUGGAGGACAGUCGAAAGAUCUUGGGCUAUUCCCACUUUUCGUUGGAAUGCGACACGUUGGAAAGGGUGUUUCUCGAUCUCUGCUCCAGAGCGGAGAGCGGGUCGUCCAUCGUAAGAGCUAGUCAGGAUAGCGUUAUCAGUAUAGAUAAUAAUAGCGGUUCAACGGUGGCGAAAGACGACGUUGAUUUAAUUCAUGACGAAUCGAACGCCACGAACCCCACCCCAAUUAGGCAGAUGAAAGCUUUGUUGAGGAAACGAAUAUGGCACUUCAAAAAGGAUUGGUUGACAUUCUUGGCCGGCCUUCUCUUGCCGACCAUGUUCGUUGCGGUUGCUAUGGGAUUCUCUUUGAUCAGGCCUCCCUCCGAGGAUGAACCACCGCUGGUUCUCACUCCAAAAUUAUACGACACUCAUUCCACAUAUUUCUAUAGCAUCGAUAAUGGCGUCGACUCGUUUUUGCAACGCGUGUCUCUCCAACUGCACAAUCGAUUCGGGGACGAUUAUGCUGGAGCGUGGCAAACAUUGCCCAAUGACACGGGUAUCUGCGAAUGCGAGGAUGGCCAACAGGUUUGUCACGGUUUGUCCAAAGCCGUUGAAGGUCUUCUUCAAGUAUUACCUGGCAGACCUACCCUGGAUUGGAUAGUAUCGACUCAUCAAGAAUACAUAGAGAAAAGAUACGGAGGAUGGUCUCUGUUUCACGCCGACGACGAGCCACUUUUCGUGGUCUGGUACAAUAACAAAGGUCAUCACGCGCUUCCAUCUUACUUAAGCGCCUUGAACGAGGCAAUCUUAAGGGCGUCAGGUGUCCACGGUCAUCUAACGACCUUGAAUCAUCCCUUGAAGCUCUCCAGCGAUCAACUAAAUCGAAUGACUCUAUUGCAGCACGUGGCCGACGUCGGCGUUGCCCUCGUACUUUUGAUCGCUUUCAACCUGGUGGCCGCCCAAGGCUCGAAAGAAUUGGUGAGAGAAAGAUUGUCCGAGGAAAAGAGAAUUCUCUUCUUGGCCGGCGUCCAUCCUGUCACCUAUUGGAUCACCGCCUUAAUUUGGGACUUUCUCGUGUUCGGAUGCUCCAUCGGUUUGGCCGUCUUCGUCUUCGAGAUCUUUGGCCUCUCCGCGUACGUCGCCAGGGACAAUUUGCCAGGCAUUUGUUUACUCUUGUUCCUGUUCGCGUGGGCGGCGAUACCGUUCUCGCAUCUGGCCGAGAAGAUGUUCCACGACUCGAGCAUGUCGAACAUGGUCCUGUUCUGCGUUAACACGUUCAUAGGCGUAGCCUCCCUUGCCACCAUUCUGGUACUCGAUAUUCUAGGAAGGACGAAAACUGCGGAAGACGCGCGUGAAAUUUUGCACUAUCUUCUACUCGUGUUUCCCCAAUACGCGUUGGGCGACGCUCUGGUGCAAAUAUCGCGCAACGACAUCACCGCCCAAUUGCUGGAGAAAUUUCACAUGGACACGUACCAAUCGCCCCUCGGCUGGCAACUGUUGGGCCUUCAUUACGUUUUCCUCGCGACAAUCGGUGCCGUUCUCCUCUCCCUCAACCUGAUGAUCGAGUGUCGACUCGUGCCGAUUUUGAAGAAACAACGAUGCCCGUACGAGGCGGUGAAGGAGGACGACGACGUGUCCAAGGAGAGGAUGAGGGUGGAGGGUGGAAUGUCGGACGACGCGUUGCAGACGGUGAAACUGCGCAAGGAGUACAGGAGCGUUUACGGGACGAACGUGGCUGUAGAAAAUUUGAGCAUCGGGCUGGAAGCGGGGAAAUGUUUCGGCCUGUUGGGGACGAACGGUGCCGGGAAGAGCACCACGUUCCGCAUGUUGACCACGGAGAUCAUCCCGACAGCGGGCAGAAUAAUUUUGAGGGGCAAGGAGGUCGGUUGUGGACCUCUGUGCAACGGCGAGGUCGGUUAUUGUCCACAGAGCGACGGCCUCGACGGUUUUCUCACUCCGCAUCAGUGUCUAACGAUUCACGGAGAAGUUUGCGGGUUGAGCAACGUCCCUAAGGCGGUCGAGUCCGCGCUGAAGAGACUCGAUCUUCUGAAAUACGCGCACAAGAGAGUGAGCAGCCUCAGCGGAGGUAAUAAAAGGAAACUAUGUACCGCCUUGAGCGUAAUGGCGCCGGUACCCGUGGUUCUUAUGGACGAGCCAACGAGCGGUAUGGAUCCCGCCACGAAAGAUCUCGUCACGAAAACGAUCAAACAUCUGACGAGGAAUCAGAGUUGCGUGAUUCUAACGUCGCACAGCGUGGCGGAUUGCGAGAACGUGUGCAACAGGGUCGGUAUUCUUGCCAAGGCUGGCCUCAGGUGUAUCGGUACGCCGCAACACUUGAAACACAAAUUCGGCGAAGGUUACGUGGCGUUCUUACGAUUCAGCCAGCCAAUCACGGCCACGGAUCUGAGGAAAGCCGUGCGAAACUAUUUGCCACAGGCUGUGGUCUCCUCGAGGCAGGGCAGCGCGGCUCGUCUCCUCAUACCUCGAAGCCAGGACAUGCCCGUGAGCGUUAGCUUUAAUAAGCUGAAGCUGUUGGCCGACGAGCUGAAAGCCACCGACUACACGCUCACUCAAAGUUCACUGGAUCAGGUACUAGUGAACUUUUCAGAGGAGACGGAAAACGAAAGCGACGGGCCGAUGUACGCGCAAAGCGGUAGCAACAACGUCUCGAACGUUUUCUCGAGCAUGGACACCAUACACAUGGAUACGUUCUGAUCGAUUUCAUUGAUUCGAUCAAAUUUAUUAUACACCCGUACAAACACCGAUUAAAUUUAUAUAACGCGCGUUUUCCACGCGGAUCGUUCUUAUCGGCGCAUAGAUCAUAGAGAUUUCUGUGAUAGCUUUAACUUCGUUGUCGCGUAGUGGCUACGUUACUGGCGCGCGAUAAGAGCUUUCGACAUAAGCUGUCGCAUCAACGACAGCAGUGCUCACGAUUAAUUUUAGUUAGUUGAUCUAUGUAUAAAUCGCGAUCGAUAUCCAUCCCAAUUUUUAUACCGCAUGUUACGUACUUUUGAUCGUUUUUUUUUUUUUUUUUUUACAAUGAUAUUUCCCUCGAUACGCGUUUGACGCGUGAAAUUUAUUACUCCCGCGUUACGUGUUACGAUCAAUCGAUAUUGCACGCGUAAUAAUAUUAUUUUGCAGGCCGCGUUAAUUGAUCGCCGCGUGCGCGAUAAUCGUUGGCGUUAAUUUUACGUACGUAGUUGCGUACAUCGUCUUUUUGAUCGGAAACAACAGGCAUGCGACAGACAUGGAUAACUGCUUAUUCCAUCCAUCGAGAUAAUGUUGGAUCGUGUUGCAUAAAGUGGAGAAAUUAGGUCAACUAUAUACGAAAAUUUUCCACAAUAACCAUCGGAUGAUAAGUAGCGAGAAUAUCCGAUUUGUCGUGACACGUGAAUGCGUCGAUUAAUAUUUUAUAUAUACACACACGCGCGCGCGCGCGCGCGCACACACACACACACACAAUGUUUAUAUAUGUUAUUAAGAUUUUACCAUUUUACACGUCAUUCAAGAUGUAUAGAGUUCCUUAUUAAACGUACCAAUUUCGAAACAAA